CGUAACGUCAUUGGUCGAUGUUGCGGCCAGCGGCAAAGACUGGCGAUAAUAACCUGUCUUCUCGCGGUCUUGUCGUGUCGGGAACUGGAAGAAGAGAGGCGAGGAAGGAUACGCGUGAGAUACGCGUGGAAUACGCGUAACGUUGCGUGCAAUCGGACCAUUGGACCUGCCGCUCGUCCUCUCCCUUGAUGCGCGCGUGCGAUCUCGCGACAGGUGUGUGUGAUGAUCUCCGUGACGGUGACGGCGAGCGUAUCAUCAUCAUCAUCGGGGACAUCGAGGCCGCGCUCCCGGGAAUACGUCAAUAGGAUCCUGAUUUAUUGACGAAGGCGCGAAGCGUCCGAGAAAGAUGACGGAGAGCCUGAUCAAUGAGUGGCUGGCGGACUGCAAGGAUGUCUCGCCAUCCGAGCUCCACACGUUCGCCAGCACGCUUUCGCAGGAUAACGAGAUCGUGCGAGCGCUCUACAUGUUGCUGGAGGAGCGCACCAAGUACAGCGAGUUGAUGGAUACAGUAUGUAAUCAGUUAUAUAAUUUUUAUCGAUCUCGAGAAAUAGAACUGCAAAGGUUCACUCUGCAAUUCCUACCGACUCUGAUAUAUAUUUAUCUAAACUCAGCUGCGCAUGGUGACAUUAAGAGCUGUCGUUCCCUUGAGACUCUAUUAAUUGGAUUAUAUAAUUUAGAAGUGGUCGAUAAAUCAGGACAACAGAAAGCAAUCUCAUUUAGAUUACCAUCGCUUGCCAUGUUAUCCAUAUAUCAUGAGCCUGCAAGUUUAGCACCAGCCUCCCUAACAGAAAGUGCAGUGCGUCGUUUUGAAGAGUGUAAUUCAAAGCUUGUGAGCUGGGGUCCAUUGCAACAAGUAGAAACGUUGAAUGCACAAAACAGGUUGAAAGUCAUGACAGCUCUGCUUUUUAUCUAUAAUCAACAACUUGGUUAUAUAAAUAAAUUCGCUUUAGAACAAUUGUGCAAGGUUGCAACAAAACUUGUCACUCAAGGGUUCAUGAAACCAGGACAUCAUCAACGCUCUUCAUACGGCAGUGAGUCUAGCUUUGUUCCAAGGCUUUUGCCACGUAUACCAGUAUCCAGCCAAUUUCUCUUGGAAUUUUUGCAUGCUGUAUAUUUUGCCAUGUAUAACGAAUGCUGGUAUAUAGGAAAUCAAGCUGUGGAAGAUAUUCAUAAUAGAGCAUGUUACGAAGCAUAUCCAAAUGUAAUGUUGGUUACCAAUGCUGUGCGAAAUUCCGCCAGUUCUGGAGCACCAGGUCAACCGAGCGAUGGACCAAUUGGAAUUAGCGUUGCACUGUCCCCGGCAACUGCUACGCCAACCGUUUCAAAGUCUAUGAUCACAAAUGCUUCCUUUCGUACUAAAAAAUUGCCAGAUGACAUACCAAUACAAGUUGUAAAAGAUGAUACUAUCGGAGAGGGUAAAAGUAACCUGGUAUCAAUCACGGAAGAACAAGAAUCAACAGAGCCGAACCGUAUUGGUUCCAUGAGACAAUCAAAGGAUCAAAAGACUGCUUCAAAGAUUACAAAUUUCCCUGUACUCGGUAAGAAACCUAAAGAGAAGGAGGGGAAGAUAAUGAAAAACACUCAUGUUGCAUUGUCUGAGAAGGAGAAGAAGCUCGGUUCCCAAACGACAUCGAAAGAGAACAUUAAAGGAAGUUUAUCCAUGUUGAGUAAUAGUGAGCCACAAGCGGAAGUCGAUGGAAAUAUUAAUGGGUGUGCAAUUCGAAAGAAAAAUAACAGUGUAGAAAAUACGAUCAUAAUAGAUUCAAACGUUGCGUUGAUCGAAAAUGAGAGACUGGCAUUAAAUAAUGAUGUUACCGAUAGUAGUAUGGAAAAUUCUAUCAAUUUAAGGGCGCAUAAUGAAACAGAGUCUAUGGCUUCUUCUAUCCAAGUUAGCUCUGUUUAAUGACGAUAAGAGUCUACAAGUUAUACAAAAUGUUAUAUAUAUAAAUAGUGAUGGGCUGAAAACAUAUUAAGCAAAUAAGUCGUUCUCUUCCAACUAGCAAAUCUGAAAAUCCGUGUCUAACAUGUACAUGUUGCCUUUUCCUAAAAUUAUUUAAGAUCACACACUAUUUUCCCAAUAAUAAUAUGUGUACAUUACCACUGUAUUGCAAUAUUUCGAAUAGGAAUUAUAUAUUUUUCUCGACAUGUAGAGCAAUUUAAUCAGUCCAUUACUCUAUUGAUCUCCAUGAUAAAUCUAAAAAAUGGGAGAGGGAACAAUAUGAACUAAAGGUAUACAUGAUUGUUUAAUAUUUUGUGUGCAUAUUAGUAUAUAUUGACUAAUUUUUGUAAUUAAAUUUCUAUAAUUUAUUCGAUAUAUUUUAUAUAUAUACAUCAGAAUGUGUAGUAUUGUAAUCUCCUUAUCCUCAUAUGGUUAUCGAGUCUCACUUUUAGAGAUUAUAGAUCAUUAUUAUAAUCCAGAAAACGAGUAUUAUCACACAAUACAAUGUAAUAUCAAUGUAUUUAUGUUUAACCCAGAUGUGCCUUGAUGCACCUGUGAUGAAACUUUCUUUAUCGUCCCAGAUAUGUAGAUAAUAAAUUUAUGAUGAAGGGAAGAAAGGAAGAAUAUCUAGAUAAAAUUACAAUGUCGCUUAAUUAGUAAGCGGAUAAAUAUGUAUCUAUACAAAUAUAGAAUAUCAGACAUAUCUGGGUUGAAUAACAUAAAUCUAUUACUUUUGUCAUAAUUGUUCCGAAAUGAUAUUAAGAAUUCGUGACAAAUCAUUUGUUUUUGCAAACAGUUGCAAACAGUUGUAAACAUUUAUAUAUACAGAUGUAUACAUGCACAUAUUUAUAUAUAAGGUGCUCCAAAACUCUAUCCAAAAUUAACUAAAAAAUAUAGUUUUAUUUGCUUUUUCAUUCUGUAAAAUUUAGUUCACAAGCACUUCCUUUUCAAUCAUUUAAUUCGGAAAUUAUCAAUACUUCGACAUCACAAAAUCCUAUUCAAAAUCACUAUUCAAAAAUUUUAUUCGGUGGUUUUGAAACAUCUUGUAUAUAUUAUACAUAUAUGUGUAAUUGUUGGAAAUAAUUAUGCGAAAUUUGAAUGUAAGAGAGACUUUAUUCUCUCACGUGAAACUUGACUCACGUUGAAAAUGGUCAACUAGUCGAGAAAAUAUUUGCCAUUUGUAUAUAAAAAAUUGGGAAUAGAAUAGCAGAAAUAUUUUUCAAAGAAUUUGGAAUUCAAUUUUAUUUCAUGUUUUAUUAUAUAUAUCUCGUUAUUUAUAUUUAAGCGUGAUUGUACAGGUUAUAAUCAGAUCGAUAUAAUCAAUUUUCUAAACUUUUUAAUUUGAUACAUUCAACGAUAUAGAAAUUAUAAAAAGAAGUAACGACAUAAAGAGUUAUUCUCAGAUGCAAUAUGUAUUGUUUUCUCACUGUGUAUCUCCUUAUAACAUGUAAAUAUACAGAUAUAUAAAGUUAACAAAUAAAAAAUACAUCAUAUAGUGUGUGUUUAAUAAUUAAUUUUUCUCUUAGAAUUUUAGAAAAAUUGAUUCCAUAUUUUUCAAAGGAUACUAUGCUCAAUUCCCAAUUCUUUAUGUUCAUUCUGAGUGCACACAAAGUUGUAUUAAUCUAUAUUAAUAUGUAAAU